CCAGCUGGGUUCUCGAAGGCGAGGUUCCAAAGCAUCCUCUCCCAGUGUAGUCUACACCUCUAGCACUCGAGGCUGAAGCUAAGCAACGCGUGCGCAGAGAUGCAGGGGCAGGACAGCGGAGCGAAGAGGGCGAGGACGGUGCCCCAAAAAGGGGGGAAUGUAAACCAGCCCCAAGUGGAGGAAUCCUCCGACCCUUACACAGUUGAGGCGGAGAAGAUACGAUGCGACAUCUGCUUCCAGCCGUUUGGAGAUCAGAUCUUCAUGUGCAAGAAUGGCCAUCCUGCCUGCGCAAGCUGCUGCCUCACCAUGAACCGCAAGUGCUACUGCACCGAGCCCAUCGGCGACAUCAGGUGCCGGCCGCUGGAGACGAUCCUGGAGGCCAUGACAAGGCCGUGCUCCUUCAAGGCGCACGGCUGCCGGGAGAUCGUCAGCUACGCCGGGAUGCAGGGCCAUGAGGCGGCGUGCCGUUUCGCUCCGCACCACUGCCCCUUCGACGGCUGCACCUACUACGGCCUGCGGCUGUACAACCACAUUCAGGUCGACCACGCCGACGACCCGGACGAGGCAGCCGUGGUCGUGCGCUGCAACCAGCGCUCCACCAUCACGCUGCAGAAGAAGAUGCCGUUCCGCGUGCUCCUCCACCGCGACCAGGCCAGCAUGUUCCUGCUCGUCAACGGCGGGGACGUCCUGGCCGGCCGCUCGCUGUCACUCGCCUCCAUGGGCCCGCGCCCCACGGGGAACGCCGAGGUCAAGUACAAGCUGGAGGUGAAGAAGAGAAACGAUCCGGAAGCGCUCGUGCUGUCGAGCUCGGGGGCCGCGCCCUUCGUUCGGUGCCUAGAGGAUUUCCAGGCCAAAGGGUUCCUCUUCGUGCCCAACUCCUACUGGGACUCCUCCGACAGCGUCUCCGUCACCGUGCAUCUCACCGGCGGCUGGUGAUCCAGCUCUCGGUGCUGCUGCUGCUGCACACUGGUUUGGGUGGUUCAUGACUUCCUGGCACCUUUUGCCCCACAGUAGUUUCGGCCAAGAACAAGAACCGUAGUUUCAGUACUCUGUUUUAGUUCCUUUCGCAUUUUAGUUUGUGCCAGCGACCUGCGCGUUCCUCGUAUCUUAGUUCUUAGUUUCAUCUUCUGUAUAAUGUGACCUAAAGUGGAUCUAUCUAUGCUAAUGUUAUCUGUAUUUUGUAUGCUUGAA